CAAAACCAAACACACAGAAAUGGUGUAGAAGAUGGAUGGUGCACUGCUCUUCCCUUCCCCCCAGGUUGCCUUUCCAGAUUCUAACACCUCCUGCCAUGACUCUGCAGCCAGAUGGAAUGUUGAAAGCUGUGAUCCAGAAGAAAAGUUCCCAGCCUGCCCGUCAGGGAUAAUCAGGAAUGUCUCGUAAUGCCUGUUAUGCAGUCUGUGGGUGAAUUCCUGCAGCUGCUCCGGUGGCGGAAAGAAAUCGGCAAAGGAAAACCACCGAAGCACAGUGGCAUGUGGAUUGCAGCCUCCUAAAGUUAUUGAAUCAAAAACACUUGAAGGAAGCAAAGGAAAGCACAGCUUUACCAGCCCUGGAGUUUUUGUUGUAGAAAACAGCACAGUUGAGUUUCAGAGGGGCUCCGAGAGGCAAACCUUUAAGAUUCCAGGAGUUGUGACGGCUGAUUUCAUCUUCAAGAAUGGGAAGAUCUGCCACCUAGCUUGCAUGUUGCCAUAGCAGUAAUUGGCUGCAGCUGGGUAACAGCUGCCUUCUCAUCUGGGCACACAUCCUCAUCUGCCAGGCUGUACACCAGGCCCUAUUGUGUUCCUGACAUUGGAGGUACCAGGUACCCUGGGGCCACGGACAGCGUGGUCCAGAUCUUCUUUUACCAGCGGAUCAGUCAUCAGUGGAGACAAACUGACUUCUUUCCCUGUACUGUGACGUGUGGAGGAGGUGAGGAACAGAGUGUUCCUGAAUAUGUAGAUCUCACAGUUAGAAAUGACACAUUUGCCUGUUUGAAGCUGGCUUUAAAAUUAGUGUGGUGAAUAGAGAUGUGUAACCACACAGCAUCUUACUCAGCGGCCUGGAAUGCAGUGCUGUUAAUGAAUGCGAUGUGCUUUCUUCUUGAAGACAGGCGACAGCUGGAUGUAGAAAAGACCCUUUACUUUGAGCAGAGAGCUGGAAACAUGUUUGCAUGUCUCUCAUGCACCCCAAAAUAAAGGGAAAAAGGUAGGGCCUUUUUAAUUCUUACCCAUCGAAAAACCAGUCUCUCUUUCUUUUAAAUUUAUCCCCUAGCUCUCACACGCAGUUAGAGCGACGUUCUCAUUUGGGCACCUAAGUUAAAAGAGAAGCUUUCCAUUCUGGGAGGGACAUUUAUAAUGGGAUUCAGCUUCGUUCAGUUGGUUCAGUUCUUGGGAGGAGGAUAGAUGGUUCUCAUAUCUGGGUGCGCAAGGAAAGACAUGAUCAGUCCUGCUGGAAGCUUCAGUGGAAGCACCUGGCCAUGAGACCAUCCACCAAAGGUAGCGUUGGCUGUAAGGACAGAAGGAACACUCUGGCUCCUUUUGGGGGUCCCCCAACAUCCCACCAGUUUUUGUACACCGGCAGAAUUUCAGUACAUUUGUUCAUAAUGUAGGAAGGCAAUCUGCCUCAUUUCUUUCCCUUUUAGUUGUCUCCGUACCUUUGACAAAAUUAAAGAGGAAAAUUCUCUCCCCAAAUUAUAAACACCUGUAUGCUCCUUGUCUCCUAGAAAUACGUUUCCAUUUAGAGCAAAGAUUUUUUUCUGUGACUCAAGGAGCUAUAAUCUCAUGCUGCUUUUGUUUUGGGGAAAAUAAAAACACACACAUAAAACCCAUGAGGAAAGCAUUACCAAAAUUGAAGUACAUUAGUAAUCAAAUCUACGUGAUUUGUGUAAAUGGCAUUUCAGAGUUUUGGGGGUCAUCAGGAAAACUAGCUCGCUGGUCUCCAAGGUACUUGGAUGGACUUUCCUGGUCUUGUCUGUGUGGGACACUUGACAUUAGUUUGCAGAAAGAACCAAGACUGCCACUGCCUUCUGAUGUUGUAGACUUUCUUGCCGAUAUUGGCACCCAAGUACUGUUUUAUUGACUCCAUUUGGACUUUCGUUCCUGUGGUUUUGACCUUGCUUUUUAUAAUACAUACUAGUCUGUCCUUCUGCACUCAGCUUAUGUUUAAGCCAUGACUUGUAGAAAGCUGUGUAGUGGUUUAUAAAAUCAGAUUCCUCUUGGCAAUUGGGCCUUUAAAUGUAUUUUUAGAACUUUAGACCAGUCGACUAAGGCUGAGAACUUAACGUUGGGCUUUUUUUCCCCUAAAGAGCUCAUUCUUAUUUUGAAAAAUUUCCUUUUUUUCCAACUUAACCUGACACUUACAUAGUGACAGGAAACCUGGAAUCAAAGGUUUCAGGAAAUGGAAGCAUCAUUUUGUGAGCUGUUUUCUAAAUGUACAAGCACUCAUCCAUGUGAAAUGUUCACUUUCCUCAGAGACUAUACAGAUCGAAUUUAAUAGAACCAGGAAUAAGUCUUCGUGCCUUCUUCUUUGAAGGCUUAUGAGGCAGGGGAAGAUGUAACGGGAGGAUUUUGUUCCUCUCUGCACAGACGAUGCUAUUUCCCCAGUUAGAAAGUUGAUGUCAUCAGAGGUACCGUAGGUAGCCCAGGUCAGGAAAUGAAUAAAAUGUACAAGCAAUGGAAUAUUAUACAGAAGAAAGAAGCGACAACUCAGUACAAGGGUAGAACUCAGAAAUGCAAUGUUGAGAAAAGCAGAAAACAGAACAGGAUUUAAAACACAAUAUCAUGUAUUUAGUCAAAAAAGAUACACAGAAAACAACAUGACAUACGACAGAUGUAUAUUUAAGGACAUGUAAACAGUAAAUAGGUGUCUCUGGGGGAUUGUCACGGGCGUGGAGAUGGGAGAAGAGGAAAUAUACGGAAACAAGAGAGCCUUGCACAGUGCCGUGAUGACAGUGGGGAGACGAGACAGUGAACUGUGGACAGUGAGUGACUGACCUUCUGUACCUGAGCUCCCAAUGUUUUCAAAGGAGUCUGUUGUAACUUGUUACUUAUGAGUGCUGAGAGUCACACAGUCAGUUCAAGUGGUCAUUCCCAAUCUUGACCACACAUGUUAGUCAUCUUAGAAGAAGCCGAGAGUCUUUUUUUUUUUUGCUGCUGCUGCACCAUACCACCUAGCAUUUGUCUAGAGAUUGACAUUUUUAACGAAGCUUUGCACACCUGAUCUAAUUUGCUCCCCACAGUAACUCUAAACCUAAAGUAGUAAUAGCUCAGGAAACUGACAAGAGCGCUCAAUCCAAUUGUUAGCUCUCCACAGGUGCUUUGGUGAAAGAGCCUUACACCCCCUGGGGGUGAAGCAGUGGGCUUCUGCUGCUUCUGCUACCUGGCAGCCUGGGAAUAAAGGAAGGACUGUAUUUCUUUGGUUGCACCACAGUCGUGGCAACAGAAAGCACCCACUCCUUCCACUCUGACCCAUGGAAAUGCUGAUUUCCUGGCUGCAGUGUUUCUUAUUUAAUUGGCCCAGGAAGGGACUGGGGCGUUGGUGUGUAUUAAAGGCUCCCAAGCGGUUCUGUUGUACAACCAGGGUUGAGAACCACUGAGUUAAGUUCCUUAAAGAGGAAAACAAACGUGUGUGGCACGUGAUAACUUUGCCAAGCAAAGCCCAGAUGGAAUGCAGUCUUCAGACUUUCCUGUUGUGCUGCUUUAGGGUGUCAGCUCAACUCUGCUCAGUGUGGAUAUCCACCUUAAGGGGGUGGUUCCUGCCCAUUGCUGCCAUUACUACCCUGAGAGUGUGAAACCAAAACCCAAACUGAAGGAAUGCAGCCUGGAUCCUUGCCCAUCAAGGUUUGCAUAAGUGCCCACACCCCUUUUCCUUUCAAAAGAACCACACCAACUGCAGCUGUGAGUGAUCGAGCCUUGCCAAGCGGCACAUUGCCAUCGCGUGACCUUGAAUGUGCACUGGUGGUGGGUAGCUGCAUCACAUUUAUAACCAUGGUCAGUAGCAAUUAGGCUCAUUGGCUCCCCUGUCUGGUUCUCUCCUGAGGACUAUGUGUGCAUGUGCUGUGAUCUUUAACUCUGUACAAUGAACCUCUUUGAGCAUCUCCUGCAUAUACAGCAUCGAAAGUUUUCAUCCAAGCACAAUGUGUAGUCCGUCUGCCAGCCAUAAAUAACAGCUCACCAUUUUAGCUUUUUCAACUGGGUCACCGAUGACGUUUGGACUUUUGAAGCGUACACAUUCAAUUCCCUAUAAAUAAUGCGUUGUGCGAGGAAGUAAAAAGUUUUGAUGCCAGAGCAGAAAAGCUAUGCAUAAAGGAUCCUGCUGCAUAAUUUAGUACCUGGUGACUGGAAUUGCCUGGAGAAGUUUCCUGGCUUUACUACAGUAUCUUAAAAUCACAGCAUACUAUCAAGUCCCACAAUUGCCCAGCCGUCUGCCAGCUGGCUAAGGCAGGAGUGAGCCAGUGGAGAAGGAAGAUUCUUAGUGGAUUUCGUUUCCUAUCACGAAGCUCUGCAUGUCCUGUAAUCCCAGGUGUACGUCAUUAUUCAUGGAGGCCUUUUCCAAGGACAGGUUCUGUGAAACAAAAUGGUUUUCUAAAGAUCCUGCUACUAGAACAGUAUGUUAAUAUCAUUAAUGUAUUUUAUCAGAAAGAUGUGUUAAGAUGACAAAAGGGAAUAAACAGAUUUAUCUAAAUUAAGAGAAACUCUUUCCUUUGAUGUGUGCAUACUACUGUUUCCAUUUUCUACAUUUUCAUAUAGAAUUGUGUGUCAGAGAUGUUCCUCAAAAUUAAGGAGAUUGUGGUUGAAUUUGGGGGGAGAUGGUUCACAGGGCUUGACGUGUUUAGUUUUUCAUUCGAAAGAGCUGUGUCUUUUGGGAUGUCACAUCUGCACUAGUCAAAUUAAUAAAUGUGUUAAUUGAUUAGAAAUUCUCACAAUGAUUUCACUUGUCGCGAUGAAUUUAAAGAGACCAUGCCCUAUGACCACUUCCAGCCUCUCCCUCGAUGAGUUACAGGUUUCCUUUUCCUUUCUGUAAUGUGCUGUAAUUAGUGUGGCAGGAACUGUAGUACCUGUAGCAAUAGUCUAAAAUCUAAGAGGGAUACACAUUAGACCCUUUACAGAAGCUAACAGAAUACAGACUCCAACUCCAUAAUUAGAAAGAUCUUUCUAAGAAUUAGAUGGAAGAGGCUGCCUCAAAAGAUGAUGUUUUCUGUCACUGGAGAUGUCAAGCAUAUCUUAAUAACUGGGUAUUGCAGAGGGAGCGGAAGCAUUGCAAUUGAUCAGAAAUUUGCAUUCCCUUUUAUACCUCGAUGACUAGGAUGGUUCUUUCCAACUUUGAUUUUCUGUGAUUCCCUAGUCAUGUUGUCCAUUGAUGUUUUAUAGUUUAGAGACAGUUUGAAGAUGCUUUCACACUCUUUGGUUUAAUUUACGUGAUUCUCACAGUGACCCCGUUGUGAUCUUACACGAGGGCAGGUGUGUUACUCCCAUUUGAAAAUAACCUUUGGGUCAAAGGAGUUAAGUACCUUGUGACUGUCUGUUGCGUGUCACAGUUAAGAUUGAAGUCUUAAGGUUCCAAGUCUGUGCUCUUUUAACUGAAGCACAGCUGUUAUCCUGAGACUGUACUUUUCACAACCAACUUCGCAAACUUGAAACACACACCAAAUAAAUAAUGUGUUUUUCCUCAUUUGCUUUUGAGCUGAGAACAUAAUCCUUGGACUGCAUGUUUGGUGUUCUGUGGAGGCGGGAUUCAGAGACAGAGUUUUGUGUGUGUGGAGGAGUCCAUGCACGGAGAGAUACUGCAAGUGGAAGAAUGGAAGUGCAUGUUUGCGCCCAAACCCGAGGCUGUACAAACCUGCAAUCUGUUCGACUGUCCCAAGUGGAUUGCCAUCGAGUGAUCUCAGUGUGUCAGCUGUCAUCCUAGGAAGUGAAUGUCUUGCUCCUACCCCCCCAGAAGCUCAGAAUCCAGUUGCAGAAACAAACAUGCAGAUAAACAGCUGUGAUGCAGUGUAAUCCUCCCGGGAGCGGUAUCAUGUCCUGUACGACAGGCGCACAGAGGUGGGGUGACUUACUCCACCUGAAGGUAUCAGAAGGCUUCUAAAAGGAGGGAGUGCUUGAACGGAAACUUGAAGAGUAGAGAUAAGUGAGUUUUCUGGGUGAAAGACCCACUUCCAGCCCCAGUUUUUAGAUGCUCUCUCAUCACAGUCCUUUUCCGAUAUCCCUGGCUCAAAAUCAUCGCCUGCUACUGCUUCAUUUGUACUUAUUAGGGCAGUCGAUGCUAGGGCAGUAGUAGUUCACAUACCAGAAGACGUGUUGAACAUUGCAUACCCCUUCAUAUAUAUUUAGGUUGACAUCUACAAUUUUUACCACAAGUUUAAAUAAAAAAUAUCAAAGAAUGUCAUUUCCAACACUUUGUGAAGGCUGACAUUUUACAAUAAAAGUGUUAUAGCAUUUUAAGAAGUAUGUCCAGUAGAAUGUAAAUGUCUUGAUGGUUUCUGUCUUUGCCAUCUUCCAUUUUCGAAAAACACACGAACAAGCUCUUCUUGUAUAUUUGAACAUUUUGUAUUAUUUUCCCCUUGAACUCACAUUUUCAAACCCCUCGCUGCCCCCACACAGAAUUUUAUCCUAAUAGAAUGUACUUUUAUGCUUUAAAGUCUUUUAUUGGUUACCCUGUUCUGCUUUCCUGCAAGAAAAUAUGUGUAACAAUUGAAAUUAAUUUAUUUGAAUUGCCUAUUGCCAUAGGCUUUUUGGUUUUGUUGUUGUUCUUGUUUUGGCCGCAUUGGGUCGUAGUUGUGGCAUGUGGGAUCUUUCAUUGUGGUAUGCGGGCUUCUCUCUAGUUGUGGCUUGUGGGUGUUUCUCUCUCUAGUUGUGGUGCAUGGGCUCCAGAUUUUGAACUUUGCAUCCAGUCUGUUUUCAAAGUCCUGGAUUCUUUUCACUGUCAGUAUUCUGAAUUCUUUUUCUGGAAGGGUGCCUAUCUCUACUUCAUUUAGUUGUUUUUCUGGGGUUUUGUCUUGUCCCUUCAUCUGGUUCAAAGUCCUCUGCCUUUUCAUUUUCUCUAUCUUUCUGUGGCUGUGGUUUUCAGUUGCACAGAAUGAAAUACUGCUGAUACUGCUUGAUACUGCUGUCUGCCCUCUUGUGGAGGAAGCUAUCUAAGACGCUUGUGUGUGCUUCCUGAUGGGAGGGACUGGUGGUGGGCAGGGCUGGGUGUUGCUUUGGUGGGCAGAGCUCAGUAAAACUUUAAUCUGCUUGUCUGCCAGUGGGUGGGGCUGCAUUUGCACCCUGUUGGUGGUUUGGCGUGAGACAACCGAGCACUGGAGCUUACAGGCUCUUUGGCGGGGCUAGUGGUGAACUCCAGGAGGGCUCAUGCCAAUGAGCACUUCCCAGAACCCCUGCCACGUCCCUGUCCCCACAGUGAACCACAGCUGCCCCCACUUUUGCAGGCAACCCUCCACCACCAGCAGGAAGGUCUGUUUCCGUCUCCUGUGGGGUCACUGCUCCUUCCCUCUGGGUCCUGGUGUGCACACUGCUUUUUGUGUGCCCUCCAAGAGUGGAGUCUGUUUCCCCCCGUCCUGUGGAGGCCCUACCAUCAAGUCCCUACUGGCCUUCAACGUGUGAUUCUCUGGGGAUUCCUCCUCCCAUUGCCAGACCCCCAGGUUGGGAAGCCUCACGUGGGGCCCAGAACCCUGACUCCAGUGGGUGGUCUUUUGUGGUAUCACUGUUCUCCAGUUUGUGAGUCACCCACCCAGCAGUUAUAGGAUUUGAUUUUAUCGCGAUUGCACCCCUCCUACCAUCUCACUGCGGCUUCUCCUUUGUCUCUGGAUGUGGGUGUCUUUCUGGUGAGUUCCAGUGUCUUUCUCUCGAUGAUUGUUCAGUAGUUAGUUGUAAUUCCGGUGCUCUUGCAAGAGAGAAUGAGCGCAUGUCCUUCUACUCUGCCAUCUUGAACCUUCUCUGGCCUGCAGAUUUUAAUUUCUAACACAAGCCAAUACCAGUCUCUAUUAACGCACGUAAAGAAAAAUCUCUUUGGGAUCCUUUUUCCUAAGUGUGAAGGGGCCUUGAACUCAAACAGUGAGAAAACCACUGUGGCUUAUCCCCAGCCCUGAUUGGUCCGUUUCUUGCCCUUGCUCACAGGGCACCACUGUGAUGAAAUUCACCAAAACCCCUAUAAAGACCCCAGCUGGGCCCACUUUUGGUCCUUAGAGCCCAGGAAGCUGUUUUUGGUGACCUGACGGCAUUGACCCCCAGCUAGUGUGUUUUUGCCUUGUUCUUGCCAUUUUGUUGAUUUUCUUCCUUUUUUCCUCUACUCUUUUUAUUUUUCUCAUUUUCCCCCUUUUUUUUUGCCUCUUUCUCAUUUUUCUUUAUUUUUGUCUUUUUAUCAUUUUCUUUUAGUUUUAAUUUUUUCUUCUCAGUUUUUCCCAUUUUUUUGUUUUCUUUUUGUCUUUUUUUGUCUUUUUUUUUCUUUUGUUCUUUUUCUCACUUUAUCUUAGUGUUUUUUAGUUACUGUAGCUAGUAUUAGUAUAGUUAGCAUAGUUAGUAUCGUUGGAAUAGUUAGUGUAGUUGGUAUAGUUAAUAGUGUAUUAGCAUAGUUAAUAUAGUUAGCACUGUUAGUACUGUUAGUAUAGUUAGCAUAGUUAGCAUUGUUAGUUAGUGUAGUUAACCUUGCUAGUUAGUGCAGUCAGUCAGUGUAGUUAGUCGUUCAUUAUGAUGCAGGGCUUCACGGCCAUCUCUGUUAACCAGGAGGCUCAUGUUGAGAAAUACCAGAUCCUCCAUACCAUUGGUGAAGGUACGCAUGCCAAGGUGAAGUUGGCCCGUCACAUUGUGAUUGGGACAGAGGUGGCCAUCAAGGUCAUUAAGAAAAGGGCCCUGACGUCCUCUGGGAUCCCGGCACCUUACCGGGAAGUUGAGAGCAUGAGGGCUCUAGAUCACCCAAACAUCGUUAACCUCCUGGAGGUGAUUGACACCGAGGAGACAUUAUUCAUCGUGAUGGAGUACCUAAGUGGGGGGGACAUGUGGACCCACUUGCAGGACCACGGCCGCAUGACAGAGGCAGAGGCCCGAGGCCCGUUCCGGCAGCUGGUCUCCGCCCCGCAGCACUGUCACCAGAGGGGCAUCGUACACCGAGACCUGAAGCCAGAGAACCUCCUGUUGGAUGCCCAAAUGAAUGUCAAAAUCAGUGACUUCGGGCUUAGCAAGAAGUGUGAGGAGGGGGAAAGGUUCGAGACAUCAUGCGGCACCCUCGCUUACGCUGCCCUAGAAAUGUUCCUGGGCGAGAGCUACUAUGGCCCAGCGGUGGAUGUGUGGAGCUUGGGAGUCAUCCUGUACACAGUGGUGACCGGGUCCCGGCCCUUUAGGGGAAGAUACUUUGGAGAUGUUCGGCAGCAAAUACUAGGAGGGCAGUACUGCAUUCCACUUUACCUGCCACCACAAAUCAGAACGCUAUUUAAGAUAAUGAUUGUCGUCAACCCAAGUGACAGAAGCAGCACAGAGGACCUCCUGAGGCCUCCAUGGGUGAACAUGGGCCAGGAGGAGCCACUCCAGCCAGCCUGUGAAGAGAACCCGGGGGUGCCAGUGGCGAAGACUCUGGGCUCCAGGAGGGACCAGAUGCAGGAGUCAACAGGCAGCGAGAGCUCCGACGACCCCGAGGUGGGGGGCAGCCUCAGCACUGUCGGCAGUCCGUGGGCCUGGUCUUCAAGUGGGCCCAGUAGCUUUCACUCUGAACCCUCCCGAAUCCCUGAGGUGUCCUCCCUGAACCUCGACUGGUUGUACAGUGCAGGAGACGGGCUGCUGCCCAAAGACCAGGAGUCAGGACAGAUGACCAGCAAGCCCACCUGUCCCCCACCCAGCCUGGGGGCGAGGACUGCCACCCCCAGCCCAGCGUCUCAGUGCGGCCCUGGGGCCUUCUUCUCCACCAGCAAAACUGGCAGCAAGACUGGAGCCCCAGAGGAAGCAACUGCCCCCCAGGUGUGGCCAACACUGGAAGCUCCUCCCACCCUGGGCAGCCUGAGUGUGUGUCCCAAGCCACUCCCUCUGGCCAGAGCAAGAAACAGAAGAAGGGGGUGGCUGGGAGAAUUUGGAACUGUAUUGUAACGCAUCUCUGCUUCAGGCUGCCCAGGAGGAAACGAUCGAACAAAAGUUAAGCCCAUGUAAAUAAAUGCCAUGGGUGACCAAAGGAGGUCAGGUUGCCGCGCUCUCUGGGACCUGGUCCAGUGGACGACGACAGUGUUCUCUGCGCUCCGUAGACGACCUAAGAAGGGCAGGCUGGCAUGCUCCGUGGGACCCGGUCCAGUGGACGAUAAGAGUGUUCUCUGCACGGGACUCAAAUCCAGCACCUCCACGGCUGUCAGAAGAAUUCUUUCACCCCCCCCCCCCCCAAUGUGAUUCUUCCAAUUCUUGUUACUAAACGUAAUUGUUAAUAAGCUGUUCUGCAUCCUCCCUGCACAGAAUUGGGGCUCUGCUCUUUCCAGUUUGAGAAGCGGAUGGUCAUGUAGUCCUUGGAGUUAUUCAGAACAACUAAACAGAAAGACGACCUAAGAGAAUUAGUACGACGAGUCCCAACAGCAGCAGUUGCUGCACUGCAGAGCAGAAGUGCAGAAAGCGUGUAUUGCCUUUCUGCACUGACAUUCCUGAACAUUGCCAGAAGGCCCGAGGGGAAUGUGGGUCCCUGCGGCCUGUGUUAAUUAUGACCGAGAGGCCCAUGAUAGGACAACAAGGUCCUGUGAAGCAGCCUGUGUGCGCUGUGGUCAGGUCCCCGUGCAGCUGAGUUUCCUGACUAUCACGUAGGGGUCAGGCUCUCCCCUUCCCCCUUGGGGAGGAACUCUGAUACAUGGUUUUUUUCUUUUUUUGUGUGUGUUUUUUUUUUAACGUGGACUAUUUUUAAAGUCUUCAUUGGGAUCUCAGCUCCCCAAACAAGGAAUGGAUCCCACACCCGCCCGUGUCGGAAGGAGAAGUCUUCACCCCUGGACAGCCAGGGAAGCCCCUUUCUUAAUUGUUUGCUGUGUGCGUGUGAUCACAGGGACUGGAUGGUGAUCCUGAAUGACUCUACUAUCAAAAUACGAGAUGCGUCAGCAUCACGUGGUUCCCCGGUUCUGCAAGUCCUUGAACACACACGUGACUGGAACAGGGUCUUCUUCCCAGAGGCCUGUCUUCGGGGCCACGUGCUCUCGGAGGCGUCACCUGCACAGUUCCAUUGGCUCUGCUGUGCUGACCUGUCACUUGGCGACUGCAGAAUCCUUCACCACGAGACACAGAGCACUCUGACUACGCACCCGUGAACCACCUAAGAGCAGAAACCACAGGAGCAACAGCGUUCAGAACUUCCCUGACCAUCUAUUGAACCCAUGCCCCCUGCGGUUGGAAGGGCAGAAUCUUAACCACUGGACCACCAAGGAAGCCCUUGUUGCCGUUCUUGUAAUGAAGAAACCAACGUCCUCAGGGUUAAAAAGGUCUGAUUUGAAUCUGUGGCUGCAGAUAAUAUGUCGCUUUUUUGAGAACCAAAGUGGGCGUUAUCUUCAUUCUUUGCAAGUUGUUAGCCACAAAGUUACAUCUUAUUCUCAUAAACAUUUCUGAUUUUCUUAACUCUCUCUCCCUUGGCCUCCUAAAGAGUUUUGCAAGCUGGAAAUACUUAGAUUAGGUUCUUGUGACCAGGCACUGAUACAUAGCAAAGUUACUAUGUGUAGAAAGAAAUAUUUGUGAAAGAAGAGAAAUGAAAGAAUGGAUUCCACAAUUCUUAGCCAAUCUUCCCUCUAUUAAGAUUUACGAAGUUAGCAAUCAUUUUACAACUAGAAAACUAAUACCUGCGUUACCACAAAUAAUGAUGCACAUUUGGGAUAUGAGUAUCUAAUCCUUGUUCCAGCGUGGGUAUUCUGAGAGAUGCCAACUCCUAGGUAACAAUUCCUUCCCAAUAGAAUGCUCUGUCCCAGGACACGCGGACUCACCCAGAUCUGGGAGCUAUGUGUGGGGCUGGGUGUGUGGAGUGCCACGGGGGCUUAGUUAGAGUUAUUAACUGCGCUAACAUGUAGCAUCGCUGCAUGUUUUCAAGGUUUAUAGCCUAACCAACAAGGUAGGAAAAACUACAUUCACCAGAAUUCCCAAAGGGACUGGAGGAGGCAACUGGGUCUGGUAGAGCUCAUCCCCUCCAGACAGCUUUGGGAACAGGAGAAGGGGCGCACUGUUUUAUAGCGGACCUCGCAUGCUGAGGGGUGUGGGCUUUUAGGAAGGCUGUGAAGCAUGAGUGUAAGAGCAGGAGGACGGGGGAGGAAUAUUGUGUAUUAUGUGAUGUAAGGCAUUCUUGAUUCCUCAGUCAUGGGACCAAAGCCAUGAGCUACUUGACUGGAGAGAGUUCUAGGGAAGAGGUGUGCAGGGCAGAACUCAACACCCACACAGACUCACAAGUGGCGAGGGGGCGAAGCAAGGAAUAAGGCUGGGACUUCUCAGGGAGCUUGGGGAAGGCACUCGAGAAUCAGACAAGUUAAGCCUACCCUCUUUGUUGACAAUCUUCCAUAUUAAGAUCCUAGAGGACCCCAAAGGCUCUUUGGGAAGGGUCACAUGGAGGUGCACCAGUACCUUUCUGGUCAGCACUGAGAGUCCAGGAGGCUAGUGUGGGGAACACGGAAAGAGAUGACUGUAUACUUGGGCUCUAGUACAUACUUUCUGUGAGUCUCAGGUUUCCUCAUUUAUACAAUGUGAUAAAAGAUUACUGCCCCCUGCACUGGGCUACUGUAAAUAUCGAAAGAUACUCAUGAACAUCAGAGUGCUUUGUGCAUGACCGUUGUUCCAGUUCCCCAUCUACUUAUGUCUCUGGGCUUCUCUAAUUGACAACAAGAAAAGCCAUGGAGAAAGCUCUUUUCCAUCAUCCUCUUAGUUCAGCAGUGGAUUCUAGUAUAAUCUCAUACCAGUUCUGCCAGUGAGUCAGUUUUAGUCCUUUAGGAAACACUUAUUUAAUACUUACACUGUGUUAGGUGCUGGGAGAGACAGAGGGGAGCAGUCAUUGAUCUCUAGUGUGAGUCUGACUUCUGUGAUUAACUCUCAAUCACCUCCAAACUCAGGGGGGGUACGAGGGAAGAGGAGUCCUAUUUAUCGAGUCCUCAAACCCCUGCAACAUAACUCUCAGCCUGGUGACAAGCGUUUGGUGAGCUCCACAUCUUAUCCCUAACAGACAGCAACAUACGAAGCCAGCUUAUCAUCCUGUGCUGGGAGCUCAUUGCAGUGACUUUCCCCAAAUUACAAUACUCACCCCACUAUAAGGUGUCUUAAGACUCAGUUGCUUAGUAUUGACUGAGCACAUGCUGUGUGCCCCAUACUAUAUUAUAUUGUUAGGACUGCAAAAGAAAUAUUAGACAUGGUCUCUACCAUGAAAGGACCCACAAUUUAGUUGAGGACACAUAAAUGAAAGGGGAAAUAAUUGGAGACCCACGUGUGUGAGGAUUUAGGGACCAAGGGUGAGACGAGAGAAAGGAGAGGUCCCAAAAAUCAGAGAAGGAUUCACACGGGAGAUAGGAAUUCAAUUGGCCCUACAGGAUGAGAGGUGUUUGGGCUACAUGAAACAGGCAGUGAAGGACACUUCUUGUGGGGGCAGCAGUAGGAAUGGAAGCCAGACUUCCAGGGAAGCAGCAUGGGGUGUGUGUGUGUGUGUGUGUACACGCGUAUGCUCAUGAGUGCUGGAUCGCAGG